AUGCCUCCUAAAAGAAAACGGGCGGACGAAUCCGUGGCUACUACGACACGGACCACCCGCUCGUCGGCUCGCGCAAUGAGCGUGGAUACCGCGCCUUCGGUCGCGUCUGCGUCAACCCCCGUGAAUACCAUGUCCACGCUUUCGGAGGUUGAGGGCGAGGCAGAUGAGCCACCACCUCCAAAGAAGGGUAGGGCCAAGAAAGGAGGCACUUCCAGGGCGAAAGGGAAGAAUAAGAUACAACCUACUACCGCUAAUGAAGCCCAGUCCCAGGAUGUCAACGAUAAUGAACCGUCUACGUCCAAUAACACAAAAUCUAAGAAAAGAGCACCUGAACCGUAUACUCCUGCGGGAGCGGCGUCCCUAUUCAGCAGUUACACUGACCCGGACGAUCUGAACGUAAUAGGCCCAGAGGGCUUUGAGCGCCUGUGCUCGGACAUGGAUAUUUCGCUGGAAGGCGCUCUGCCUCUCGUACUUGCAUGGCAGAUGAACGCAAGUGAGAUGGCGAAGAUCUCUAAGGAUGAGUGGCAAACGGGGAUGGAAGAGCUCCAAAUUGCGUGUCUCGAAUAUUUGGCUUUAGCUCUGCACGACGUCGAGGAUAUGCUGCUGUUAAACAAACCGCCCCUGAAACAUCCUGCAGUCACCCCUGCACGUACCAAAAAGAAGACUGUUCCGUCGGAGCCUUACAACCGUGUGCGGUAUUGGAAGUACGCAGCGGAUACAAACAAGGCGUUCUCAGAAUUGUAUUCUUACUGCUUCAAUCUCGCCAAGCCAGCUGGAGCCAGGAAUAUCGACAUGGAGACAGCGUCUGCAUUUUGGAGUGUUCUUGUUGUACCGCAGUAUCCCGUCAUGAAAGAGAUGCUAGAAUUUAUCAACGACAAGGGAACCUACAAGGGUGUCAAUAAGGAUCUCUGGAGCAUGAUCCUUGAGUUCUGCCGAACAAUUCAACCGGAUUUGUCAAACUACGACGCGGACGGUGCGUGGCCUACAAUGAUUGACAAUUUUGUCGAGUGGAAGACCAGCAGGAGUAAGGUUGAUAGAGAAGAACCCGCUGCACCGAUGGAUGUGGAUGAAUGA